UCGCUCACCGACGCCAUUAUCUCGCAACUGCACACAAAGACUUCUCAUGAUACAUGGCGCUUGUUCGUGCUCUUGUGGUUUUGUUGACCUUUUUCCCUAUCUCAGAGGCGUUCUUCUCGUCUGCAACACUGGAGCUAGAUAGUGACAGUGCCGUUCAGACUCGAGACCAUGCUCUCAUUACAAAAAUUGGACUGUUACGAUGUUUAGUCGAAUUCGUUAAAGAUAAUCCACAGAAUGUUCACCAAGAGAUGGUUGAAAACUUUAAAGAUCUACAAAGGAUUACCGUCACCGCAGAUGACCCAGAGACAGUCUUAAGACUGACCAGUGUAAUGGUUCCCAAGAUGCGCCUACAAAACGCUUUAACCGAGAUACAAAGCUCAAAUGCGGAAGUAAACUCAUCGCCCCUGAAGAUGGUGGCUUCUGCUCACUUCAGCGGAGAGCAGUUCAAAGACGGCGCAAAGCGUCUCUUUGAGUUGAAUUCUGAAAUAAUCACGACUCUAUUGAAGAGUGUGAAAUUUGAACACGCUCGUUAACUUGUAGGUCAAUAUUUACACACAUUACAAGACUUUUACAGCCACUCAAACUGGGUUGAACUUGGAGAUUCAGAGGGGAAAUUUUACUUUUCAUCAAAUCUAGCAGAUCUAUUUUCAUCUCAACUCAUUGCGAAAUCAAACGAAGCAACUUGUGUUCCUUGUCAGUCGACUGCAGGUCAGGAAAAUAAUUGCGAUAACAACUUAAUAACUGAGAAAAUAACGAGUGGAUACUACGAAGGUCAAGACAUUUCAAGACCGACAAACGUCAGCAAAUGCAGCCACGGCGGUCUUGUAGACAGUAGCCGCGAAAAAGGAACACUGACGGGAGGAAUAAAUAAAGAGUCUGCGUCAAGAAAGUUGUCGCCUCACCACAAACUCCAUGAAGUGGCCGCUGAAUACGCUGUAGAAGCCACUAAACAGUUUUUUGAAAAUCUUCGUGCUACUGUGGGCGAUAAAAUCUUUGCUCGUUUUCUAAAUUUGCAAGCCGUAAGGACAUUAGCGCUUGUUAUAGAUGAUACUGGAAGUAUGGGAGAGGAAAUCAAGUCUGUGAAAAAGUUAUCCAAAAAUUUUGUAAAGGAGACAAAGAAUCUUGUGGGCAACACAGCUUUUAUGUACAUUCUUGUACCAUUCAACGAUCCACGUGUGGGCCCAGUGACGGCCACAAGUGACGCAAAUGAAGUCAUUCAAGCCGUCGACUCUCUCGAAGCCAACAAAGGAGGUGACUGUCCAGAACAAGGAAUGACUGGAUUGUAUAAAGCGCUUCUUCAAAGCGUUCAAGACUCGGUCAUCCAUUACUUCUCUGACGCAGACGUGAAAGACUUUGAACUGGCUCAGGUAGUUCUUAUAUUAGCAAAACAAAAGAGAGUGAAAAUUAACUUCAUAUUGAGUGGGCGUUGCAGAUUCAGUCGAUGGCGUAGAUCAACAAGGGAGGAACCAAGGCUAGGAUCACAAGAUCUGUUCCGUGGUUUGGCUGCAGCUACUGGAGGCCAGGUUUUAAAGACAAAAAAGAAUAAGGUUUCCGUUCUUGUGGACAUCAUUGGCUCAAAAAGUUACGCUACUGAAAACAGUGAUCUAGCAGAGGUUAUUCUGCUAUGCGUGAGCAGCGAAUCUAAGCAAGACGAGAAAGAUACGCCCUUUAUGAUUGACGUGGAUAAUACCCUUGAAGAUGUACUAAUAGUGCUUUCUGCAGAAGGCGAUCCUGGAAUUACACUGUUUAAUCCAACUGACGACAAGCCCUUGCAAACUGCCAUAUACAGUCAGUUUGAUCAUAUUCAUGUGACUGAAGUCACAAACUUCCAGGGUGGUCAACUAAUGAUUCGUGUGCGAUGCACUGGACCCUAUAGUCUGCAGGUUACUGGACGGAGUGUUUUGGACUUUACCUACCAGCUGUCGUCCAUUGAAAAUCUGGAGAGAGGGGAGAGGAAACAACUUUUGGGAAGCCCAGUUAAAGGACAAACGUUGCUACUAACCUUGGCUUUCACCAAACCAGAACUGAUCGAAGAAGUUAAUUUAUUGUCACUCAUAAACUCAACUGGCACAGUAAUGGAGUCGUUUACAAUAAAAAAAGGACAAGAAAUCCAUAGCGAUUCACUUCAUGUCCUUUUUACUCCUUCCUUUAAACGAUUUCGCUUUCAGCUGAUUGGAAAGACAAUGGAAGGUUUUUCAUUACGAAGAAUAAAACCUACCGAAAUCAAAAUAGAAGCAGUGAGAAUGGACUUUAACUAUCGAACAUUAAACAGCUCAACAAGAAUUAAUCCUGGCGUUACCACCAAAAUACCAUUAAAAAUAAUAAAUCUGGGAAACUCAGAAAAUUUUACCCUGAAAGCAAUGGACGACUUGGGAUUUACUCAGACAGUAGAACCUCGUGACUGCUUUGUCGCUGAGAACGAUACCGCUGAGUUUUCACUAAUAUUGAAGGCGCCAGCUGAUGCUACCACGGGAGAGACAACUACAGUUACUGUAUACGCAUUAUCGGCGUCAAGCGAUAGCCCAUCCAACUACAUGGUGUUUUACGUCAAUGUUAAAGAGAUCGAAAACAUUUUCCAACCAAAAUGCGAAGUCGCCGGCAGUCAAAUAGCCACAUGUGAUUCCGUGUACCAUCUUUCUAAUUGUUCAAUAAUCACGUGGAAUUCAUCUUUUAAUGUAUUUAGCCCCGGAAAAGAACUACUAACAGUUACUUCUAAGUAUCCUGAGCUUGGACGACUGGAUGUUGGUCCCUUUGAGAAGGGAAUGUUCAACACAUCAGUGUCAGGUGUCUAUACAUCGACAUGUUGCCAUCCUACAGCAAGCAUAUUCGCGGUAGACCAGAACGGUAACACAGCUGUCUGUGUAUUAAGCGCAGUGACACCAAUCAUAAACAUCAAACCCAACAUCAAAUUCACCGAACUGAACGUCCUCGUUGGAAUCAAAUCUAAAUUUGAAUUUAACAUUACAAAUUUAGGAACCAAAAACUCAUUCUCUUUGCAAGUAUCGAAUAGUGAGUAUUGUAUUGGUUACGUCACUCCGAUUAACAUUAAUAUGGAUCAUAAGGAAGUUGUGCGAUGUAAAGUUGUCCUCAUAGGAAGCAAAAAGACUGGGUCUAGGAAGACAAACCUUGUAGUGGACGCUAUACCUCUUGCGGCUGAUAUCAACGCUACAGACAUACGUUUACUGGAGAUGGACGUAAUUGUUAAAGCACAAACACCAAAAAUAUCUCUUAGAUGGAAUGUUACAGCUGAUUUGGAUCAUAUUCCCUACCUUAUAAUCCACUAUGAGGAUGAAGAAGAGCUCUUGUUUCAAGUUAAAAAUCAUGGCCAAGCUGGAACAUUCAAUUUAACUGCUUCUCGCUCCAAUAACGUCCAAUUGUGGUUUGUACCAAAUCCAGUCAACCUAAGCAACAAUGAGACAAAGGUAUUAAAGCUCAUCAUGACCACAAAACAAAAUCGCCCCUCAGAGGAGGAUAUAGAGGUUAGUGCACUACCAAAUUGGAGUAGCAAGAGGAUAAAACUUUUCAGUAAAAAAGUUCAAGUCAUUCCUGCACUCAGGAGCCUGGUGCCGAGUGGUGAGGUGGUGAUGGGCAAAGGAGCCAUAGUCAGCGUAAUUUUUACUAUCAUUAACGUCGGCCGACAACAACAAUUCACUUUAAAGGUGUCAUGUCCAGGUUCUCUUACCUGCCAUGUGAGUCCAGAUGAAGUCGUUCUAAAACCUAACGAGAGCAUUUUGGCAGAUCUGACGAUGGAGUCCUCUACAACCAUGGAGCAAAACACCAUAGAGGUCAAAGUGAUGGCGCGACCAACAUCAGCCAAAAACAACACAGCUGGAUAUCUUAUAUUCACUCUUGAAACAACGGUAAAAAACGAUAUUAUAGUGAAGGAAACAAAAGCAGAAGAGAAAAUGGGAUUUAUCACAAUUCUCAUAGUUAUAUUAAGCUGCAUUGUAUUAGUCGCUUUGUGUCUGCUCGUAAUGUGUUGCUUCAGGAGGAAACGAGGUUCGUGGACUGUAUGGAAAACAAAAUCAAAACAACAGAAACAAAGAGUGAAAGUGGAAUUGUCAACAACAGGUGACCAUGCUGACAAAUCUGAGAUGGUGUGAGCGGAUUUAUCCGGCGCCACGCACUUGCAGCUGCUACGUGACUUUAUCAAUCUUUAAUUAAAAUCAACAAAAGGGCUGAUUGAUCGCAAAGACCGAAAGAAAGAAAGUGUCAGGGGGUUGAACUUUAACUGAGAUCCUACUUGCGUUUAUUGCACCGGUAGACCCAUAGGAAAAAGAAACAUUCAAGUUUUCUUUACAAAAGCAAUAGACCACAUUUUCUAUGAGGGUGGCAAAGGGUUUUUGCGCGACUUGUGAUGGACCCAAAAUUUGCAGCGUGAUGCGUGAUUGAACCCAAAUUAUCUGCGUGACGGGGGACCGGACAUCACAACCUGAUGCGUGAUUUGCUAUUUUAUAAGCGGGUGACGCGCGAUUUAUACAUCUUACUAGGCUAGAUCUCCAUGAUAGGUGAACGCUUUUUCACCAAGAAUGUAGUCUGAAUGUCAGCCGCCUUCUCCCCAUAACACACGGGUGAUAUUGCGAUACUAAGUCCGAGUAAACGCUCUCAGAGCGUCAAUUUUCAACGAGAAAAUCGUCUCUAUUUGUCUAACAAAAAGCAAUAUGACCAGAGAAAUCCAAUUCAUUCUAGAACAAAAAACCUUGAUUCUAUAUAAUGUUAAAGUGCCUAUGACAUCAACACGAUUUUCACUCCAAAUAAAAAUAUAGUAUCUCGAGGCUUGGCAGGACUUACGAACAGGAACAAGCGAAGUUGUAAAAAUUUAAAACGUGUAAUGCCAAGCCUCUAUGGUCAUCGGCCCCCGUAGCUUUGGCUUAUAAAUACAGGCGUUUAGUUAUACUCGUAACUCCCUGAAGAAGUCUACGAUGGUUAGACGAAA